GGGGAAUUAAAACGAGGAGCGACGGUCGAAGUGAUGAGAGCUGCGAAUGAUCCAGUGAGAGGAUUCUCUCGCCGUCUUGCGAUCGAUCGGUGGAAGAUUCGAGAUAUUUCAGUGCAGAUAAUUGAGACCUUCAACCCCUUGAAGAAGAACAAGGAGCAUGCAUCUGCUCCCUACACACAUUCAUAAAACCUCCUUCGCAUGGCCAGAAAGUCCCUUCGCACUCCUCUGCGAAGAACAAUAUGCUGCUCCAUGCCUCUCCUCCUCGUCCUCAUCAUCUCCCUUCCUCUCUUUAUCAUUCCAAUCUUUCUUAAUAUCCAAAAAAUUACCUAUUUCCUCCGCCCAAUUUGGGACACCCCUCCUCGCCCCUUCAACAAAAUCCCCCACUUCUACUCUGAAAAUAUAUCCAAUUCCCAACUUUGCCAACUCCAUGGCUGGUCUCUUCUUUCUUACCCUCGCAGAAUCUUUGAUGCUGUAAUCUUCAGCAAUGAACUCGACAUUCUUGAGAUCCGACACAGUGAGCUCUUUCCUUAUGUCCAUAAGCUCUUGGUCCUUGAAUCUAAUGUCACUUUCACUGGCCUCCCCAAAUCCCUAACCUUUAUCGAGAACGCUCAUCGGUUCAAUUUUGCUAUGUCGAAAAUUAUCCAUAGGAACUUUAUAGGCCCACCUGAUCCGAGCUUCUACAAAGACCCUUUCAAGAUCGAGGCAAUGCAUCGUGCAUCUCUCAACUCUAUGUUGAGGGAUGCAGGAGUCAUGUAUGGAGAUGUAGUCAUAAUGGCAGAUGCUGAUGAGAUACCGAGCCAGCACACUAUGAAGCUUCUGCAGUGGUGCGAUGAAAUACCUUCAGUUAUGCAUCUAGAGUUGAGGCAUUACUUGUAUUCAUUUGAGUUCCCAGUGGAUUACAGUAGUUGGCGAGCAUCUGCUCACUUAGUGAGAUCAUCUACUAGGUACCGGCACUCAAGGCAGACUGAUUAUUUACUGGCUGAUGCUGGUUGGCACUGUAGCUUUUGUUUUAGGACGUUGGAGGAGUUUGUUUUCAAGAUGAAGGCUUAUAGCCAUGCUGACAGGGUAACAAGUUCGAAAUUUUUGGAUUAUUCAAGAAUACAGAAGAUAAUUUGUAACGGGGAUGAUUUGUUCGAUAUGUUGCCAGAGGAGUAUAGCUUCAGAGAUUUGAUGAAGAAGAUGGGUUCUGUGCCUAAGUCGGCUUCUGCUGUUUAUCUUCCUUCUUAUUUGAUAAAGAACGCGGACAGGUUCAGGUUUUUGUUGCCUGGAGGUUGUUUGCGUACGGAUAGACCAAGACAAUGAAUAGGUUCCACGGUUGUAACUAGUUUUAUGUGAGUUUUAAGUACGCAGAAGAUUUAUGGUGAAAACCUAUAGUAAUAGUGAUGUAAAAGGUCAAGUUAAAUUUUGGAAGUGUUAUUAAAUAGCGCAUCUCAUAUCAGAGUCAAUGGAGGAAAAGCGGAACUGUUAUUUUAUGUGCUAGUGAUCUGCAACGGGAAUUGAUAACUUGGAUCAGAGUUGCUGCAUAAUGAUUUUACCUUCAUUGUGUGCUACACUUAUUCAA